UGUGACAUCCCACCCCGGCAACUAAAAAUGUCUGCCAUCUUCAAAGGCAACAGCAUGGCCAUCCAGGAGCUGUUCAAGUGCAUCUCGGAACAGUUCACUGCCAUGUUCCAGCGCAAGGCCUUCCUUACAUGGUACACGGGUGAGGGCAAGGAUGAGAUGGAGUUCACCAAGGCAGAGAGCAACAUGAACAUCCUGGUGUCCAAGUACCAACAGUACCAGGACACCGCAGCCAAGGAUGAGGGCAAGUUUGAGGAGAAAGCUGUGUGA